GUUUAGUGCGAGUCGAAAACUCGGUUGGGCUGUUGCUCUUCGCCGCAAGCGAGUCCGUCCUUUCCACCCGCUCUAAUACCAAUACAUACAAACAUCAAUAGCGGUACACGACUUGAUUCUCAUAUUAGUUACGCGAGCGGGCGUUCGAAACAAUGGCCCGGCGACUCUUGCUUGCGCUAGCGCUGGCCGCGGUGCUAGGCCUGGCGCACGCCCGGUCGGUCCCUGUCUCUACAAGUGACCCGGACGCUCGGAAAAAGAUUGUGGUGCUUGAUCCCGAUGCACGGAUUUACCUUUGGAAGGGCUUCCUAACGCCGGAGGAGUGCGACUACAUUCGCAUGAAGGCGGAGAAGCGCCUGGAACGUAGCGGCGUGGUGGACACCGGUAGCGGCGGCUCGGUGGUUUCGGACAUCCGCACCAGCGACGGGAUGUUCUUUGAGCGCGGCGAGGACGCUAUCAUCGAGGCCGUGGAGCAGCGGCUGGCUGACUGGACCAUGACGCCCAUCUGGGGUGGCGAGUCGCUGCAGGUGCUGCGAUACCGCAAGGACCAGAAGUACGACUCGCACGUGAGUCUGCCGUGCUACUACUUCUUCCACAAGGACGGCAGUUCCAACGGCGGCAACCGCUGGGCCACUGUGCUGCUGUACCUGACCGAAACCGAGGAGGGCGGCGAGACCGUGUUCCCCAAGAUCCCCGCCCCCAACGGCAUUAACGUGGGCUUCUCCGAGUGCGCCAAGUACAACCUGGCCGUCAAGCCGCACAAGGGCGACGCGCUGCUGUUCCAUAGCAUGAAGCCCACGGGCGAGCUGGAGGAGCGCUCCAUGCACGGCGCCUGCCCCGUCAUCCGCGGGGAGAAGUUCAGCAUGACCAAGUGGAUCCAUGCGGGCCACUACGUGAUGAAUGACGCCUACGACGACAAGGCGCGCGAGUACAAGGCGCGGCUGGGCUCCGCCACCGACCGCACCGGCACCGGCAGCCACGAGCUGUAGAGCUGUAGAGCUGUAGAGCUGUCAAGCUGUAGAGCUGUAGAGCUUUAGCCAGCAGCGCCCCCGCUACGUCCUGCGUGUGCCUUUCUUCGCGUUCUCCGCAUUGCCUUGAGUGAAGGAGUUCAUGGAAUGGAAGGUGGUUAGGUUUAGGAGUUUGUGAGAGAGCAAGCCAGCUGGACGGCUAGGGCAGCGGUGUGUGAUCAGGGGUGAUCAGACGCUGAAUGGAAGCGGGGGCAGGAGAGGCCUAGUUGACGGACACAGCGGCAUCUACCAAAUAGUAAGCUAGCGCUGCGCCGAUGUCUUGGCUUUGUUGGCUGCAAAGCCGCGCGGUAGAGAGCAGCUGUAUGAUCGGGAGCUAAGUGUGGAGGUGGUGAUGCGCCUGACAUGGAAGCUAGAUGGUGCUGGAAGUGAUCAGUACUCCAUAAUGGCGUGCAGCUGCCUUGACUUUGGCACUUGGGUGCAACAGUGAUCACGGUACUGGGCAAUGAGGAUGUCCACGGGCCGCGGUAACGCAAAGCCACG